ACUUUCUAAAAUAAAUUCAUUUCAGUUUUUUUCCUUACAAAAUUCACUUCAGAAAAAUACUAAAAAUAGUAAUAAAGUUUAAAUAACUAAAUUUGGAUAGUAAAUUUAAAAAAUGUUUAUUUAAAAUUUCAAAAAUGAUUCUGGGCCAAUAUCAUACGUUUGCUUCGUUCAAAUGUGUUACACCAAGGCUUGCCUUCCACUUACCGCAAAUGCCAAAAAUUGUUGGAGACGUGGUAAAGCGUUUCAGUUCGAAAUGUGGUAGUGGUUCCGACAGCAAAGGUAAAAAGUCAAAGCAAAGCGGAAAGGAUAACAAAUCCGCAUGUGGCGGUUCUGACAAAGGUAAAAAGUCAAAGAAAGGCGGAGAGGAUAAGAAAUCCGCAUGUGGUGGCAGUUCCGACGGCAAAGGCAAAAAGAAAGGUGGAAAAGAUAACUUAUCCACAGUGCUACAUGGCAUUGAAGAUUUGCGACUAGAACAAACCCCUAUACCAGAAGCUCUUCCUGGACAGGUACUGCUGGCCAUGGACACAGUGGGUAUUUGUGGCACCGAUGUACACUUUUUAACAAAAGGCAGAGUCGGCUCGUUUGUGGUGAAAAAACCAAUAAUUAUUGGACACGAAGCUUCAGGUAUUGUCGCAAAACUGGGUAAAGGCGUUAAGAAUUUGAAAGAAGGCGAUCGUGUCGCCAUCGAACCGGGUGAAUGCUGUCGCAUAUGCGCACUUUGCAAGGCGGGUAGAUACAAUUUAUGUCCGCAUAUGAAAUUCUGUGCUAACCCGCCAUAUAAUGGCAAUUUGCGACGUUAUUAUAAUCAUAUGGCCGAUUUUUGCUACAAAUUACCCGAUCAUGUGACAAUGGAGGAGGGUGCUUUGUUGGAACCGUUAUCGAUUGGUGUAGCUUCGUGUCGACGCGCAAAAGUUCGGCUCGGUUCACAUGUACUCAUCAUAGGUGCAGGACCUAUAGGAUUAGUGACACAUAUUGUGGCAAAAGCAUGGGGUGCUGCAUCGACCACAAUUCUCGAUUUAAAUGAGCAACGACUUCAAGUGGCAAUGGAUUUGGGUGUGACUCGUGCAUUGAAGGUGUGCAAAGAUAUGGAUGUGCAAGAGGCAGCAAAGAAAUUAAUUAAAGAAAUUGGAGUUAUGCCAGAUAGGACAAUCGAUUGUGUCGGCAGUGAACAAGCAGUACGGCUGGGUAUUUAUAGCACACGCUCCGGUGGCAUAUGCACAGUUACUGGCAUGGGCGCGGCGGAUAUAAAGUUUCCACUAAUGGAAGCGCUUACACGGGAAGUAGAUCUGAAGGGUGUCUUCCGUUACUGCAAUGAUUAUCAAUCUGCUUUAGAAUUAGUAUCCACAAAGAACACGGGUGUGAAGAAGCUGGUUACGCAUCAUUUUGAUAUUAAAGAUAGCAUUGCGGCAUUUGACACAGCGCGUCACAGGAAGGGCAAUGCGAUAAAAGUACUUAUUCAUGUGCAAAAGCGUGAUAAAAACAAUAAAAAACCAUUUGACAAGUAGGCAAACGUUACUGUAUUAAAAAGUUCGCGAGUAUAUUUGAAUAAAUUUUUUCUUGACUUAAAUUUAAAA